ACUUUAAAGAGGAAGGAAAAAGAAUACGAACAUGAGAUGGAGCGGCUGGCAAGAGAGAAGAUUGCUACCCAGCAGCGACUGGCCGAGUUGAAGAACGAGUUGAGCCAGUGGAUGGACAUCUUGGAGAUUGACAGAAUUAUUCGACAGACAGUUCAGCCAGAGGAUGACCAGGCAUCUACCUCCACAGCAUCAGAGGGUGAAGACAACAUGGACGAAGACAUGGAAGAUGACAGGCCAGUGAACUCAUUACCAAAACUAACGCAGCGCCAGCACCCCGAGCUCCUGAAAGCCGUCCCCUCAAACGCUGCCUCCCAGCACCCAGCAGUCCUGCCGCAGCACCUGCCCAUCCAGCAGAAACAAGCCCCAGCCCACGCACAGCCUCCCAUCCAGACCCCCGCCACUACCCACGCUUCGGUCAUUCAGACUGUCAACCACGUGAUUCAGGGUCCACAGACCAAGCACAUCGCUCACAUUGCACCUUCCACGUCCAGCCCCGUGCAACUCACCACUGCUGCUCAGCCCAUCGGCCACAUCACUGUGCACCCCGCCACCAUCAACCACAUGGCCCACCUCGGCCAGCAGCUGCCCCUCUACCCGCAGCCCGUGGCCGUCAGCCAGCCCGUGGUGAGCCACAUCGCUCACACCAUCUCGCACCAGCAAGUGAAUGGAACCACAGGCCUUGGCCAGCAGGCGGUGAUGGCCAAGCCCGCCGUAGGAACCCAAGUUGUCCAUCACCCGCAGUUAGUUGGGCAAACGGUCCUAAACCCGGUGACUAUGGUAACCAUGCCGUCAUUCCCGGUGAGCACACUGAAGCUGGCCUAG